AUGUCUUCCCGCAAGAGAAAGCAAGACGAGGAGGAAGAGCUGGUCUCUCUCCCCAGUGACGGUGAAGAGGAAGAAGAAUAUAUCAGUGAUGAGGAGGAGGAAGAUGACGUCGAAGACGAUGAUGAUGACGAGGAGUAUGACGAGGAAGAAGCCGGUGAGGAAGAAGAGGAGAGUGCCAUCCCAGACAAAGCCCCUCCCAAGAAGAAGUUAAAGACCGCCGAUGCGCCGGCCGAGGAGAACGGUGAGGAAGAAGAGGUAGAGCCUGAGGUUGAAGAAGAGGAUGAGGAUGGCGAGGAGCCAGAGGGCGAGGAGGAUGAAGAUGAGGCCGUCGACCUCCCUAGCAGCAAGGCCACUGCGAAAGCUACAGACGCACCCGAGGUCGAGGAGGCCGAGGGCAAUGGCGUCGCCGCUGGUGGCGAUGAUGAGGAGUAG